AUGCACAAUGUGGCACAGGAAGACGCCAUCGCCAUGUUCUUCUCGUCGUCAGUCACGGCCGUCUUCGCUCUAGCAAAAGACUGCAACCCUCAACCCGAUCAGCCAUGUCCCACCUCAGAUCCCAUUGACGAUUUCGUCCUCUACUUCAAUUUCACGCGAGGUGUCCAUACCAUAGUUCGCCAUCACUGGGCUUUCCUUGAGCACUCUUGGAUAGGCCCCCUCUUCCAACCUCACGAGUCCGUCUCGAGUCCUGCUGGCCCGUCCUCAGACUAUCCUCGUGUACAGGAACUACAAGAGCUGCUGAACGCCUGUGAGGAAGACACACGCAAGAAAUAUACACAUGCCUUGAGUGGCGUCAGUUCAUAGAGUGGCCUAGAGCAAAGGUCUUUCGUCACAUCACAAUCUCCAAGUCUCUGUUCACGUAGCCAACGAAAUUGAACGCUCUCCUCGGC